CAUAUGUGGACGACUCUGGAGAAAGAAUAACCAUUCGUUUGUGUUUCUUGGCUGAUUGCACCUCGACCAUGCCAGAGUGAGAGCUGCCUUUUACAAAAGAUGGAUCCUUGUUUUGUGCCUCUGAGGAUCAACUGAAUUGCUGCUGCAGGACUCGAACACAAUGGAGAACAACACAACCGUCUUUCAGGAUGUGACUCACGUUGUGAAUCUGACAGAUAUACCUCUGAACCCUCUUGAAGAGCAGGUCGUCACAAUAUUUUUGACACUGCUCAUCUGUGUCGUUGGGAUUGCUGGGAACAUCAUGGUGGUGCUGGUUGUGCUGCGCACUAAACACAUGGUGACCCCGACCAACUGUUACCUGGUCAGUCUGGCUGUGGCAGACCUCAUCGUGCUGCUGGCUGCAGGGCUGCCUAACAUCUCUCAUGUUGUAGCCUUCUGGGUUUACGGAUACACGGGAUGCUUGUGUAUAACUUAUCUUCAGUACCUGGGCAUCAAUGUGUCGUCCUGCUCUAUCACAGCCUUCACCAUUGAACGUUACAUCGCUAUUUGUCACUCUAUAAAGGCUCAAUUCAUUUGCACCGUUUCUCGGGCCAAGAGGAUCAUAGCUGGAGUCUGGAUCUUCACCUCGCUCUACUGCAUCAUGUGGUUCUUCUUAGUGGACACGGAUGAAACCGUCUACGCCAACGGAGUGGUCGUCACAUGUGGCUACCGCGUCUCCAGGAGCUUCUACAUGCCGAUAUAUUUCCUGGACUUCACUUUGUUCUAUGUGAUCCCCCUCAUUGUGGCCACUGUGCUGUACGGGCUCAUCGCCAGGAUUUUGUUCAUGAGCCCGCUGCCCUCCCAUCUGAACGACAGAGCUGAAGGCGGGUCGGUUCAUCAGGGUCACUCCAACAGCACCAACAAGGCCAACAAGGGUGCAGUCUCUGCAAGGAAACAGAUAACAAAGAUGUUGGCUGUGGUGGUGGUCCUCUUCGCCUUGCUCUGGAUGCCUUACCGAACCCUGGUGGUGGUCAACUCCUUCAUCGAUCCACCUUACCACAACACCUGGUUCCUGCUCUUCUGCCGCAUGUGCAUCUACACCAACAGUGCAAUCAACCCCAUCAUUUACAACCUCAUGUCUCAGAAGUUUCGCAUGGCGUUCAAAAAGCUCUGCAAGUGUAACUGGCGACGCGAGGAGAAGGCGGCAGAGUACAAGGUGCCGAUGUAUUACAGUGUGAUGAAGGAUUCAUCCCAUGAGAGCAAUGAGCUGGUCACAGAGCAGGAGGAUGUGAGUCAGACCACCAAGAGGCUUACCGAGACCGAUGACGAUGCAAGCACUUACAGCAUUUCUUAACAGACGAUUUGAUUUGUUUGUCAGCUUUAUUAGGAAUAGCUGGUGGGAAUUCUGGAGGCACCUCAUGUUAUUUUCAUCAUAAAAAGUUUAUUUCAAAAUUAUUUUCCUGCUGCAUUUUUUUAUGCUAUCUCUUCCGCCACAUUUUUCAUCGUAGAAACUUAAAAAAUCAUGAUUUCUGAAAUAUUCCACACAUUUUUCCUCAAUUCAAAU